GUCACCUGUAUAAAGGCUCAACAGACCCUUUGCCUUUGCAGUAAAAAAAAAAAGAAGGUGUCUGGACGCAUAGCUAAGGCAUUUGCACCCACAGUAGUCACAGCAUAUAACCAUCUGAGCUGGAGGGGCUCUGAAGGAAACCUUGCAAUCAAGAUGAAACACAGUUGUUGCACAUGCAGUCCACAAGGAUUUUCCUUUUUUAUAUUAUUUAUUUUUUAAUAGCCUAAUGAUAAUAAUCAUCAGAAGGGUUGAGAGUCCCUCGACCUUUUGGAUCAUUGAUGCACCCCGAGCUUCUCAGAGGCUCCUCCAGAACCCUUCAUUUUUACAGUGCUGUAAAAGUGGCCAUAAAGCGAUGCAUUGUACAUAAUUGUUAGGGACAGCUUUCAGCGUCCGAGUUGUCAAACGGGCUGGUUUUAAAUUUAGAUCCGGACUUAGAGGCGGUGAGCGAGGCUCAAAGGGCGAGAUUCAGAGAGGAUUUAAAGAUUUUUUCCAACCUAAAAACCUCCUCUGAUGCACCACUUUCCCACCACAGUUCUCUCUCUACUUAGACUAAAACAAAAUAUAUGGCACAGUGGAGCAGCCGGGUUGGACUGGGAGGAGUCUGUACUCGCCUGGUGUUUUAAUUGGCUGCAGGCUACAGUGAGAAGCGUGAGUAUCGGUAAUUAUUCAGCAAUGUUUUGCACAAGAAAUGUCAGCCAGAAAGGGCUAUCUUCAUCCUCCGUCAAAUUAUACCACAACGAUGACAUGCCCCAACAACCAAGCUGGAAAUUCUUUUUUCGUGGACUCCCUAAUCAACGUGAGAACCGACAGUGGUUCGUAUUACCAGGGUAACGGCGUGUAUCUGCCACCGGCGUCGGAAUAUCCAUAUGGACUCUCCGGUGGCUCUUGUUUCCCGGGGAUCGGCAAGCGCAACGAGCCGAGCACCCAGAGCGUGAUCCCCUCCUCUGCUCCGUAUGUCCAGGGGAUGGAGACGUGGCUGGAGGCGUCGCGGUCCUGCCGGGUGGAUCAGUCCAGCGGCCAGCACAUGGCUCAGUGCUCCUUCUCCCCGAAUAUAAAAGAGGAGGGCGCGUAUUGCCUGUACGAGUCGGACAAAUGUCCUAAAGGAGCGACAGUAGAUGACAUUUCCUACUCCGCCGCAUCAUGCCCGGUCACCGGCAGCACCGUGCCAGUCCCCGGCUACUUCCGCCUGUCCCAGACGUACGCGUCCUCCAGGCUCUACCACGACGUCCAGCCAAGCAUGAAUCACUUUACUCUGCAGCGACCUGCCCGCCUGGACAGCCAGUCCUCCCAGCCGCCGGCUGCCCCCGUGGAGCCCGAGCGGCGGGAGAGCCACGAGGAGGCGCCUGUCCCUGCGCCAUGCGCCCCGGCCAGAGAGGAGGACAGCCGCCUCUCCUCGGAGAGCUCGUCCUCCCCCGAGCCCGCGGAGACGUGCAGCGUGGAGUGUCCAGAAAAGCCCGUCAAAGGAGAUGGGAAAAUGGAAAGUACAGCCAACUGGCUGACAGCUAAGAGUGGCCGAAAGAAGCGCUGCCCCUACACCAAGCACCAGACCCUGGAGCUGGAGAAGGAGUUUCUCUUCAACAUGUACUUGACUAGGGAGCGUCGUCUGGAGAUCAGCCGCAGUGUGCACCUCACUGACAGGCAAGUCAAAAUCUGGUUCCAAAACAGGAGGAUGAAACUGAAAAAAAUGAGCCGGGAGAACAGGAUCCGUGAGCUCUCCGGCAACUUCAGUUUCUCAUGAGACUGCGUCUGCGUCUCUGGCGCCCUCCUGCAUCCAUGGCAAGGGCGCCUGUGCAGAUCCCCCCUCCCUCCCCUCCCAACUGUGAGAUGUCCAUGGAAAAUAGGACCCUAUACUAACUUAUUGAUCGUUGUUCUUUUGAAAGUGUUAUUUUCACGUCUGUUUCGGUUGUGUCGUAGAUAAUGUAUUUAUAAAUGGCUACAUUUGUAAACGUUGAUCCAUUGUGUUGAAGAUGUUCAGAAAUGUGACCCCAAUGUUUCCGAGCGUCAGGCUUAUGUACAUAUUGUAUAUUCAACCUGGGUGAAUCAUUGGAAUUUGCAUGCUGGACUAGCCGUUGGGAUUCUUGUGUUACAGUCACACGCAGUGUGUGACAGCUACAGAGCCCGAGAGGUCUGAUGAAUAUUUGCACAUUUUGCUGGUCAAAUUAAUAAAAACCAUCCCUGCAACUGCAGACUUCUUAUUUCAUAGUCAGACUAUUUAAGAGCUUCGCGCAGUCUACACCUCAAAGCUGACACAUGCACAGUGCGUGGUGCUGAUGUGUUUUGGACCGUGUCCGCUGUGUCCUCUCCAAACAACAGUACAGUAGUGCAGUGAGCUGUUUGGCCUGUAGAAGAGAAUCAAAUGUGAACCACACAGCGAGUGAGGAAGCAGUGCUUGUUUCCCAUUAUUAUUUUAAACGUAUUUCUUCAUUUUGUAAAUAGGUUCAGUUUCGUUUGCAAAAACCAAUACAAACACACCAAUUGCACUUUUUUUUUUUAAAUGGCUAACUUUAAUGUCAUCUGCACUACGACGUCCAAAAUGCUGCAAAAACACAGUUUGAUAAUUGUCGUGAACGAUACAGGACGAUGGUGUGGCUUCUUCUGUGAUUCUCCACAGAAUCAGUCUGGUCGUUGUCUUUUCCACCUUUGCAGGUUUCUAGAAAUUGUCAUAGUUUGAUCUCAUAUACCGAGAUACUAUACAAAAUAUUCAUACAUUUGAAAAACCCCACUAAAAUGCGUUUCGUGAAACACGUGAUUGCAGAUUUCGCCGA